GUAUGUCUCAGUAGGUAAGAGUAGACUUUUUUCCUCUGUCGGUAUUCCUAAUAGGUAUUUACAAGUAACCAACGUACGGACUUGUAUACGUAUGCAGUAUAAUCAAAACUAUGGAUAUUAAUAAUAAUACGGAAUUAAUACGACAAGAGAUAAUAAAAAAUCACCUACAAUUCACUGCUUUAAUACAAGACAUACAACAAUGUACUGGCCCUUUAGAAUUACUCAAUGAACUUAAUGCAGAAGGAAGGGAAAAGAUCACAGCAUUAAGAUCCAGUAUAGAUAAAUUGACUUCUCUAGCUGAAACCGAAAUAAAUGAAAAUGAAAGAACGGAAUUGUUAGCUGAAGUUGAAACAUACAAAAAACAGUUAACUGCAUCUCUUGGGACAUUUCGUAAAGCCAAUGUCAUUAGUGCAUGUAUCAUAGAUAAAUUGGCAAGAGAGGAUUUACUUUCAAUAUCCGAAGAACAACAAAAUGCUCUUCGUAAAAGACGGGAUAAGCAGGGUUUAGCAAGCGCAUCUAAUCAAGUGACAGACAAACUAUUAAGUAUUUCGAGACAUUUAGCUGAAACUACUCAGAAAAGUGGGGACACAUUAGACACACUGUUAACAUCAUCCGACAAAGUGUCUAGUACUAAAAAUGAAUUAGAACAUCAACAGCAGGUCAUAGUACAAUCGGGAAAGUUGUUAGGGAAAUAUGGUAGAAGGGAGGUUACAGACAAAGUGCUACUUGUUUUAGCAUUUGCUUUUUUCCUUGCUUGUGUCUUUUAUAUUUUACAAAAGCGACUAUUUUGAAGAGGUACAAAUGGCUUCUACAUUAGUUAUACCAAUGUAUAAGACAAUUCCAAAUCUAUUCCUUACUUUAUUUAUAAUAUAAUGAUCGUACGGUCUAUGAAGUACGGCCAAGUGAUUACUCGUUAGACCGAAAUUUUAUGAUUAUUUUUAUUUAUUAUAGGAUCAAAUUACAUAUUUAUAAAAUAAUUGAUUAAAAAAGGGUCAGUCAGAUAUAUAAUAUUUGUACUGAAUUUAUAAAGAAUAUUAGAGCAUAUAUUUUAGGUACUAUGGACAUUGUUUUCAGUCUAUGUUACCACCAAAAAUUAUUAAAUUCUGUCAGUUGAUUUUGAAUAAGAGUAUCCUGUAAGAAAAAGAUAAUGACUUUUUUUCUUAAAGAAUAUUACAUUGAAAUGUCUUUCUAUCGUUUCUUGUCAGUUAAAGAUUUUGCAAUAAAAACUAAUAAUAUUAUUUAUUAUGUAAUUAAAUUCUAA